AAUGGCAGCGAGUUUACCGUCCCCAGCCAUGUGGAAGCCAUCAUCUGUGGCCAGCACCAGCAGCCGAGUGCUGUUUCCCCAGCCGAUCUCUUUCUGUGCACAGCAGAUGGCGACUUUCACCUGACCUUUUCACCGUUCCAUAAGAGACAAUGCAGAAAUCAUGUCCUGUCAACAGGAAGAACUUGCUCAUCCCGCUGCUGCGUCCCAUCGGAGAUCCCUGCUCUAAAUUACUGAGGUGACCUGGACAAUCCAUCACAACACAUGACGAUGCCUGUCAUGGCUCGUAGAAAUAGAGAAACAUUGUGAGCAUGCAGGGCCAAUCACAUGAGCUUUAAAAUGACGUGACUGACCGCUCGCGAUGCAUUUGGGGAAAGAUGUCAUCCUGCCAAAAAGGAGGAUCAAUGAAAGGAUCAAGAUUUGAGACUGUGGAUUGGGGUGUGAGGGGGUUCAGGCUUUAGUGAGAGGAACGGUAUAAAUCCCUUAAGUCCUGUUUUGGUCCUGUUUGUGCGUGACAGUCUGUGCACAAUGCUGCUAGGAUGCUGUCUGUGAAGAAUAAAGAAAGUCGUACAGGUUUGGAAUGAUAUGAGGGUGAGUAAUAAAAGAAUUGUCAUUUUUAGAUUAACUAUCCCUUUAAGGUUAGUUCUUAUAUUAGUUUUCAUAACAUGCAUUGCAUAUAGGAUAUGAUUUCAUUUCUGUUUAAUUUAAUAGUUUUUGAUUUUUAACCCUGAACAUUGGUAUGAUCCUAGUGCGCUUGCUUAGUUUUAGGACACCAGGGUGUGCAAAAUGAAAAUGCAGAAUAAAAUGUAAGUAAAUACAUUUUCUUGCUCGUAGAAAUGCACGUUUCAUUACUUUAAAGUGGAGGCACUAAUCUAAGGCUAUCUACCGAUAAUUAGUUGUUGAUUGUUUUCAUUAUUUUGUAUCACCCUUUUUAUCGGUUCACACUGUUGUGCCUAGUGUGAUUCAUGUUUUAGCACCAAGAACCCCUUUCCACCUCACCGCCGGCUCCUUAGAGCAGCGCAGAUGUUUCGGAUGAACAACUGGAGCAGUCAACUGUAGGUACCGCUGAGGAUUAUGGGAGCUAAAUUAAUGACUGUAUUUACAUUUGGCCCGUGCACACUGUUAGCAUUCUCCUGUUCUUUGGGGCCUCUGAAUCUAAUAAUUCUCUCCCGGUAAACUUUUCACGGUGGAUGAUAUACAGUGUGUGAUAUUUCAAAUCCACAGGCCCUUUUGGCUGCCAAUAAACAGAAUUCUCCAAAGGAUCCCGUAUCUCCCGAUGCGAAUUAUCCAACACAAAUGAGGUUUUCUAGUGAGAUUGGAAGUUUUAAUGAAGCAAACUGCAUUCUGGAAAGCUCCCUGCAAGCAUGUGGGCACAGCGAUGCUGUUUUUCAUGACACUUCAUCACUCGACUGUGUUUCUAGCAUGUGUUGGGUGAGUCAGCUUACCGUAGCCUGACAGAUGUAUCGGCUGCACUUUAAUUAUGGUGCGGGCUCCGGCCCAGACUCAUUAAAACAUGUUGAAUAACAAUGCAAGGGAUGUCUGAGAUCAUUUGUCCACCAGAUGACAAAAUGCUGGCUUCCAGAUGAGCCGAUAAUUUCUGCGUAAGAAAUGGAAAGCCGGAUGCCUCGCGCGUGGAAGAUUUAUCUCUGAUGUGCUCUGUGAUCAUUGUUCUUACUCAUUGGCUGUAAAUUGAUGGGUCACUGAAGAGCUGUAAGAGCCAAGUCUUCUGUCCCAGGUGCCCCCGAUCACAACAGAUGGUGGAAGAGUACAGUGCUUAUUAUAGAUUUGAUAUUAUUCUUUUCAGAGUGAUGUGACUUUCUUAUUUAUGUAAAAUGCUUUAUCAUUCCUAGGUUGGUUCCUGCGAAAAGAACAAACGCUGUGGCUCUGUGGUGUUACCAGAAUAUUGAUCUGUUUGAGCAUCCCAGGCAUCCUAUAUCAGCAACGGGGGCACAACCAAUGCCGAAUGAGCUGCAGUGUAAACAAGACUUUAUGCCAACAGUCAAACGUCUGGCAACAUGCACGUAUACAUCUUUCUUCGUCUUUAUUCCUGCAUUCUAUCCAAUUAUCUUAUUGUCUGUUCUUUUCCUUCAUCUCAAAGCUCUUAUUAUUAUAAGCAUGCUGGGCACAGGACUUCAUGCAUUCUGUAGAGCACUUGUGAAGGUACAGUUUAUGUAAUCCUGUGUGUCUGCAGUGCAGCAAGUGAAUAUAAUGGACACAUUAACAGAGAUCUAGUCCUUCACACAACACGUUUCUUUUAUCCACACCGGUUCAAAUGCAAAUUGGCCGUUCAUAGAGGACUCUAGCUUAAUGAAUAAUAGAAGCAUUGGGGUAUUCUGCUCUGCCCUUUUAAUAAACUCUUGCAGUGACAUGCACAGUACAAUAAAAAAUCAAUUGACCGCAGAGACUCACACACCCAGCCAUCAAGACACGAAAGACAUUGAAAGUCAUGACACCAGACGGGUGGAAAGACCAAAGGAUCUGUUUAUGGAUUGUAGGGAAGUCAGGGUGCACCGAAGGACCCGGGUCAGAUUUGUUUAUUACAGAGCUUGCAAGUCAUCGCUGUCUUGCUUUCUAAAGCAUCUUAUUUUUCGAACAUUUAACAUUCUUCAAUGCAGCCAUUAACAGCCAUUUCAAGUGUUUUUUUAGAGAAAGGUUUACCAACAAUUCACCCAAAACUUCAAUAUUUUUCAUUUUUCUGUAGGACCCACCUAAACAAGUCUAAUUAAGACCCACCAAAAUAAUUUUAAAUGAAAACCAGGCACGUGUUCUCUUUUAGUAGUAGUAGUAGAGUAUUAUUUUCCUUAUUUCUUUAUUUUCCUGAAUGAAAUGUGUAGGUUUCAUUUCGGUACCAAGGUAUCUUUUGGUAAGAUAUCAAAAUGCACUUUUUUUGUGCCAUCACAACAUUGAAUAUGCAGUUUUUUUAGUAAUGACUUUGGUUGGUCACUGUUUAAAAAACACCAGUUGUACCAUAAAAGUGAUUUCUUAUCUUUGUUCUUAUAAGUCCUCUAAAGCUAAACCCAACAAUUGGGUUAAAUUAUUCCAGAGAAAGUUUAUAUUUGACCCAACAAUGGGUUAAAACAACACAGCAUACGCUGUAAAAAACAACUAGUAGGAUUUACUUAAUUUAUUUGUGUAAAUUUUACUGUAAAAAGCUAUAUUUAAGCUAAAGUAAUAUUUAGGCUACUUUGUGCAAAAACUCGAGAAAAUUAACACAAAAAUGAAGUAAAUCCUAUUGUUGUUUUUUUUAGUGUAAAUUAAUUUAUAACCAACUGUUGGGUACGUCCAUCUUUGACCCAACGAUGGGUUGAAAUAACCCAACAUUUUUCAGAGAGUAUUCAACAGAUUUGUGCAAAGAAAAAUGUACGUCAUAUUUGACUCCUUGUUCACUAAAAUUUGUCCUUUCUGCUGCAGUCUAAAGUAUAUGAGUCACAUUUUAAACUUUUAUGGUACUUUUUAGUGUUUUUAAUUAAUCAUUUUUGGUUUUUAAAAUGACUAAUUUUACUAUAUGAACAGACUACUGUACGGUAUUUAGCAGGGAGUUCACACUCGUGCUCUUCAUUUUCCAACCUUUGAGCAAACUUUGCUAACAAACUGUCCACCGUCAGUGAUUAGAUCACUAGAGAGUUCUGAGACUGCCGAUAGGGAUAAUCCAUCAUGUCAGUGCAGAGGUUUUUGGGCAGCCGUCGUCUCACUGCUGUUUGCAUUUUCUUACAUCAUUACCUCACUGUGCCACACACACACAUACACACUCGUGUACCCACGCUAGCACAGAACACGACUGACUGUAUCCUUCUGCUCGUUUCAUCUGUACCUCUGAAAAAUAUUAGUUCUGGCAUUAACUAUGCCUGAAGCCGGAGAGAAGUCAAAUAAAAAAUAAAAAAUAAGUCGAGUGGGUGGAAAGAUUGGGAUUUAUGAACAGAUCGACAUACACCGACGUGCGUCUGUAAUUGCAUGAGAUUUAACACCACCGGAGCGUCACGUUGCCUUUCUGUUUCUCUGUUUGCCUUAUUAAAAACAACAUGAGAACAUGGAACAAACUCGGUUUGGAAAGGAAUCGCAUUGUCAGAACAGCGAACAAAUUACCAGAUGGUAUACAGAAAUAGUUAGCAGACUUGCAGGGUUGACAGAAAAAAACAGACAGAAUACCAAACUGUCAGCAUGUCCUACACAGUAUGUGGAGCUCAGAAAUAGCAAACAUGACAAAAUGCGGACAGAAUUUUUCUUUUUGGGUGAACCGUCCCCUUUAAAAGCAUUUGCUUCUCAAGUGAACGUGUUUUAAGAAGGUUUGUGUAAUUGGAAAACAAGAAUAUAAAAUCUUAUGAAUAUGAAAUAUUAUAUUUCACAGAAGCAAAACAAAAUUUGAAUAAUCUGCGGUAAGUAAAUGGAUUGAAUUUUGUUUUCAUCUUGCUUUCAGUUGCAUUUACUUGAUAAAUAUACAAACCAAGGUGUCCUUGACAGGUGGUAAUGAUGCAUCAAUCUCUGUGGUUUCUCGAUCUCACAUUUGUGUCUUUGUGAAUCUCAACAGCCAUGAUCCCAUGCAUGCUUCUCAAAAGCGCUGUGGAUCAUUUGAAGAAGGUGAUGACGGACACGUGGCUCUGUUGUGUUUGAAAGAGUGACCUGUCAUCAUCAGGAGUCAGAGAAGCUCUACCAUGUUGCAGACUACUGACAUCACAGCAGGAGGAAAAGUCAAACUGAAAGUGUUGCCAGUUGCUCUGUGGAACUAAAAUACAGUAGACACGUCAACAGAGUUAUUCCAAAAUGUUGUAUCGUUUGAAAUUGAAAGAUGGACCUGUCCCAGCGAUCAAAAAUCAUGAGGCGGAACCGCAGCGCAGGAAGGAUCUUGCUGAGGACUGUUAGAGGUCAGAACAUCGUUCACUGCUCUGAAACAGCGGGUGAAGGUGAACAACUGGUGGGACAGCUGGUGCUCUGACAGGAAGUGGAAACCCAGGUGUGGCUGGGGCUCAGCAGGCACAGGGCCAGCCGAGGCAUUUCUCCACCAUGGAUAUAGAUGAGGAGGAGAACAUGAGUUCAUGCAGCACCGACGUAAAGGAAAACCGCAACCUGGACAACGUGUCUUCUAAGGAAGGAGUCGGCCUGGUCGAACAGCUCCCCAAUGGAGGUGGAGGAGGGGGUCGCAAGCGCCCCCUGGAGGAGGGUAACAAUGGCCACGCGCAUUCCAAAUUCAGACCAAAGAAACGUAAAAAAACGCCAGGGCCGGUUUUGCCCAAGAACGCCCUGAUGCAGCUGAACGAAAUCAAACCGGGCUUACAGUACAAGCUGCUCUCGCAGACCGGUCCAGUCCACGCUCCCGUCUUUGUCAUGACCGUCGAGGUUAACGGUCAGCUGUUCGAGGGCUCGGGCCCCACCAAGAAAAAGGCCAAGCUGAACGCCGCCGAGAAGGCCCUGCGUUCCUUCGUGCAGUUCCCCAACGCGUCCGAGGCUCAUCUGGCCAUGGGCCGUACUCUCACCGUCAACACGGAUUUCACCUCCGACCAGGCUGACUUCCCCGACAUGCUCUUCAACGGCUUUGAGACGCCGACACUGCCCGAGGAAGCGUUUUUUCUGGGCUCCAACGGCAACGGCUCCUUAAACCCGCUGGGAGAGUAUCCCUUGCCCCAGGCGCUGGGUACUAACAGUCUCGUGCAGGCACCCCUUCCUCCUCCCUCCUUCACCUCCUCGUCCAGCGGCAAGAACCCGGUCAUGAUCCUCAACGAGCUUCGGCCGGGCCUCAAGUAUGAGUUUGUGUCAGAGAGCGGCGAGAGCCACGCUAAGAACUUUGUGAUGGCAGUGACCGUGGACUCGCAGACGUUCGAGGGCUCGGGCAGGAAUAAGAAACUGGCUAAAGCCAGGGCUGCCCAGGCGGCUCUGUCUGCUCUCUUCAACAUGCAGCUGGAUCAGACGCCGUCCCGUCAACCCAUUCCUAGUGAGGGCUUACAGCUGCAUCUGCCACAGGUUCUUGCAGAUGCUGUUUCCCGUCUAGUUGUGGACAAAUUCAGCGAGCUGACUGACAACUUCACCUCUCCGCAUGCACGCCGGAAAGUUCUGGCUGGAGUUGUCAUGACAACAGGCACUGACGUCAAAGAUGCUCAGGUCAUCUGCGUCUCGACGGGAACCAAGUGUAUAAACGGCGAGUACAUGAGCGACCGCGGCCUGGCGCUGAACGAUUGUCACGCUGAAAUCAUUGCUCGACGUUCCCUCAUCAGGUAUCUGUACAUGCAGCUGGAGCACUUCCUAAGCAACAAUAAAGAGGAGUACCAGAAGUCCAUAUUUACACAGUGUGAGAAACGCAGCUACCGGCUGAAAGACAAUGUCCAGUUUCAUCUCUACAUCAGCACGUCACCCUGUGGAGAUGCUCGGAUCUUCUCGCCUCACGAGGCGGGCGUGGAGGACCAGGGAGACAGACACCCGAACAGAAAGGCAAGAGGCCAACUGAGGACCAAGAUUGAGUCUGGAGAGGGGACCAUACCGGUUCGCUCCAGUAACACCAUACAGACGUGGGACGGCGUUCUUCAGGGGGAGCGACUGCUCACCAUGUCAUGCAGUGACAAAAUUGCGAGAUGGAAUGUGGUGGGCAUCCAGGGCUCUCUCAUGAGCUACUUCACCGAGCCCCUCUACUUCUCCAGCAUCAUUCUGGGCAGCCUGUAUCACGCUGAUCAUCUCUCCCGAGCCAUGUACCAGCGGAUCGCUGACAUUGAAGACCUGCCCCAGCAAUUCUCGCUCAACCGGCCCCUGCUCAGCGGCAUCAGUAACGCUGAGGCGAGGCAGCCGGGUAAAGCUCCCAAUUUUAGUGUGAACUGGACUGUAGGAGACCAGGCUCUAGAAGUCAUUAACGCCACCACGGGCAAGGAUGACAUGGGCAGACCUUCUCGUCUGUGUAAGCACGCCCUGUACAGCCGCUGGGUGCGACUGCACUCCAAGCUCUCGUCGACCCUGCGCAUCAAAGUGGCCAAGCCCAGCUCGUACCACGAAGCCAAACAAGCGGCCGUGGAGUACCACACAGCGAAGCAAACGCUCAUCAAAGCCUUUCACAAAGCGGGUCUGGGUGCUUGGGUAAAAAAACCCAUCGAACAGGACCAGUUCUCUCUGAACUCUUGAAGGGAACAAACAAAAGACGUGACAACAACCAGCUGUUAAUACUUCACUUGAUGUGCGAGUGUGGGUAUGCGUGAUGGCGUUUGUUCUCGGACAAACCAAGAACCCUUUAGCGUCUGGCAUUUUGCUCUUCGUGUGAACUCAUGCCAUUUUAUUUGUAUUGCAGAAGCACAUUGUCUUUUAAAUUCGUGUUUGUUUAGUGGCAUUAGCCUGCAGAUGACGGAAAGUCGUGUCGAUUUUAACUGGAAAAACAUUCUUAUUGAUUUUAAUUUGUUUUUUGUUUCGUGUGAGAGGGUUGAGAAAAACCAUGAUGCCAUAAAUGCGCAUGUCACAUGGCUUUAGCUGUGCACAAACGGUUUUGAAGGUUUUCUGGUCCAGCCUAUUCUAAUGCUGGCUCACCUUUUCGAGCAUGGUUCUCCUUAAUAUGCAAAACAUUUUAUUUUUUAUUCCAGAUCUAAGAAUCAUAAUUACAUAGCAUGGUCCCUUUAGAUAGACAUACAAGUCAAAACUUUACUGUAGUUUUAGCGUACGCCGUCUUUCUAGUCGAAAUAGAGUUCAAUUUGACCUUGUCGGGAAACUUUAAUUUCUUGAAAUUGUAUUUCUACCUAGUUUUAUUUUGAAUCAGAAGUGGAAGAUGGUGUUGGUAUUGAUGCAACCAAAGUGCAUUGAUGUUAUUAAACGUUUUUAAAUGCAUGUAUGUGUUUAUCGCUCGGAUUCCGACCUCGCUGAAAGAAAAGCUCUUUAUCUGGGCAAAAACAAUUACUAGCCAAUUAAAUGGACCGUUUUAAAAGCCCCUUCUUAAUUUUGUUUUCACACUGUAUUGACUAUAAGCUGUUCAAAUCCGACGGCAGGUUUGAUGGAUCUGCUGGUGUGAUGCGACUUACAUUUAUGUUACAGGAAUAGUUCACACAAAAAUCAUUAUUUAAAGGAAUAGCACACACAAAAAAUGGUACCCAUUGACUUUCCAUAGUAAGAAUAAAAACGACUAUGGUCAAGUCAACCGGGAGCAUUUUUUGGGUGAACUAUUCCUUUAAUCACCUCUGCAUUGUUCCAAAACUAAAUGCUGUUAUUAUAAAGUGUAACAGCAAACAACCAUUUUUGAAGAAACUUUAGACAGCAUUUGGCUGUCAGGCUAUGAAAAAUACAAAACACGUUAAUUUAGAUGCAUUAUUGUAAGUCAAUAAUGAACUAUUCCUGUAACAUUUAUUGUGCGUUUAGUCACCGCAGGUCUGAGAUCAGGGCAUACAUACAAGGUUUUCAAGAUGGCGGAAUGGUCUGAAAAGUGAUGCACGUUUAUUAUUGACGCAAGCCGUCUCAGCAUGCAGAAGAGAAACGGGUUUGAACGGAGACCUCGUGUUUUUUUCCUCAUAGACCUGCAUUCCUCUACAAAGACUGCUUCUGUAAGACUAAAGUCCUUGAAGAUGAGGUUUCCCCUUUGGAGACUUCUGCUGUACGGGACUGAGCCGAUAGCUCAGACUCUCUUUGAUUUAUGACUUAUCCGGUGCAGCAUGUUUGCCUGUUAAGGUUACAGAAAGCGUGAAAGCAGAUCUGUUUGCAGAUCUGACAUUCUUCUCUGUAUCAUUUUCAUAAAGUUGAUAAUUGGUGGGAUAAUUGGUGGGAUUCACAUUCCAGAAGUAUUAUACAGUACUGUAUGUUCCGAAUUGGAUUUAAGACAAUAGUAACGCUAACCUGUUUUGAUCAUGAUUUGACAGAAAACAGAUGAAAAAUGUGUAUUUAAGUAAUAGUUCACCCAAAAAUAGCACGCAUGUCUGAAAUUGUGACUUUUUUGGAGUGAACUAUAACCUAAAACCCUAAAAACAGUUAAUGAUGCCUUUGCGUAUCAAUAGGUCAAAGGUGCUCCCUUUUCACACCCCACGAUGACAUCAGGUUUCUUUCGCAGAAUUGUUGAUUUUAAACCUUUUAAAAGAAACCAGCAGUAUGUGUGUGUGUGUUUGUUCGAGUGUGUUCGUCUGUGCACCUGCUGCUGAGCCAAGUUGGCGUUCUGCAGAGACGUGGAGGCAAAAAGACUUUGAGAUUGCCGUGGAAUGUUCACCAAAGAUGUCCAUGUUACUUUUCUUUCGAGCAUCCAAACAAACGGAGACUCUUUUUUAAAGUUGAAAAAGUCGCAACGAUUGUUCAGCAUUUUACGGUUUUGCCUCGAGUGGUGUUCUUUCAUUCACUGAUGUUUUUUUAUUGUGUACGUUUGUGUUGGUUGAGUCAGGACCGGCUUUCGGACAUGCUCGUAAUUCUCAGCAUUCUUGUGAAACGUGGACGUACUGCUGUAAAUAUAUUGCGACCCCCUCGGAUACUGACGCAGUCGACUCCUUGCAUAUGUAUUACAGUUUCAUUCUUAAGUUAAAACACAACAUGCAUUUUGUUCAAGGUCUUUUUCAGUGCAGAAAAAAAUACCAAGGCAGGAAAAAGGGCUCUUGUGGCCUUGUAGAAUGGGCGCUAAUGUAUUUCUGAAGGGCCCCUAUAAGCGUACAGGGAAUGUACAGUAUGGUACUGUAAUGAUUAAUGACGGUAGGGUUUGACUCCCUUUGCUCUAAUGGAAAAGAUUACUGCCCUGAAAUUAAUGAGCACAGUCAGUUCUGCAUGAAUGUGGCUCAGCAAAAAGUACCUUUUUCUGUGUGUGACUUCUCAAGGACAGCAGACUUGUGGGAUUUUUGGUCGUUCUUUCUUUUUUGCAUCGUCCUAUUUUUUCCUCUUCGACUCACAGCUGUCAGACGUUUACUUCCGUCUGCUUCUACUGUUACGAAAGAUGUUUAGAUGGCACAGAAUGCCAGCGAUGAUGUCACAAUGUACUCGGUCCCAUCUGAGAUGGAACCUUUAUUCUGUUUUUGUUUGUUUUCUGUUGCGGAAACUGAGCCGUGUGUUAGCGAAAAUUCCCGACUUUCGUCUCCUCUGGUCCUGGCCGGUCCGUUUCUAAACGUCUUGUGAUUUGGUGACUGUACAGUGGAGUCUGGCGGCGUGCCGACCCGACACAGCUCAAUCUUGGUCCGCACCAGUUCUUGCCUGUCCUUCGUAAUAUCCACAUGGGUCACCUGCAUGAGCUACUUCACUGAAGCUGCACCCAGCAUGACGACAUCCUUUAAAAAUGGACUUGUAUGUAGAAAACAGGAACAAAAAUAGAUCUAUACAGAAGGAAAAAAUUAAAACAAAUAAAAAAGAUCUUAGUUUACAUUUGUAUAUUGGUGUUGUUU